AUGUCGUCAUUCCCAGAGUACCUGUGUGAUGCGCUCUGUGGGUACGGUGUAGACACCGUUUUCGGGCUAGUUGGGAUUCCCAUUGUGGAAUUGGCAGAUACUUUGAUCUUGAAGGGUAAAAUACGGUUUGUUGGGUUCAGAAACGAACAGGCUGCGUCUUACGCAGCAUCUGCGUAUGGGUAUUUGACUGGAAAACCUGCCGUGUUGCUAACGGUGGGCGGUCCCGGUGUGAUUCACGCGUUGGCUGGCGUGUACAACUCGAUUUCCAAUAAAUGGCCUUUACUCGUGGUAGCGGGCAGCAGCGAAGACGUGCAUCGCGGUGGUUUCCAAGAAUUAGAUCAGGUCUCGCUUUUGAGUCCCUAUGUGAAAUUUAGUGCUCGGCUAAACCCUUCAAAUGUGGAUGAAAUGCUGUACAAUGCACUGCGACAGGCUAGUUUGGGUACCCCGGGAGUGUCAUAUUUGGAUCUUCGAGGCGAUGUGUUUCAUCAGAAGUGCUUGCGAAAUGAGCCUGAGAGACCUAGACCGUUGCACGCGGUCAAAUAUCAACCUGUAGACUUGGACCUGGAAUUUGUCGCAGGCGUGUUGCGAUCUUCCAAAAACGUUCUGUGUGUGAUUGGGAAAGGUGCCACGAAUAACGCCAACGAGGUACGUCAGUUUGUGAAACAGUUCCAGAUUCCAUUUCUGCCCACACCUAUGGCGAAGGGCGUGGUUCCGGAUUCGAGUGCUUUAAACGUAUCAUCGGCCAGAUCCCUGGCGUUGCGUUCUGCUGAUGUGGUGCUGGUGCUGGGAGCCAGACUCAAUUGGAUCUUGCAUUUCGGAGAACCUCCCAGAUGGAAGGAUUCGGCCGUUUUCAUUCAAGUAGACACCACGGCUGAGGAUCUGGGUCACAACAACGCCCAUGGGACCACGUAUUCGCUGUGCGGUGACGUUGGCUUGACGUUGCAGAGACUGACGCCGCUACUGAAGGAAGUAAAGUACACCGGGGUAUCGCAAGAGCUAGGUGACAAAAUACAGGCCAAUCAGGACGUGCUUAGGGCUAAAGAGGAUGUCAAAAAGACAACGGGUACCACAGCACUCACUUACAAUCAGGUUUACGCAAUGGUACGGCGUUGUAUCGUGGAUCAAAACACCAUAAUUGUGAGCGAAGGUGCCAACACAAUGGACGUGGCCCGAGUCUCGUUCCCCACCGACUACCCAAAGCAGAGACUCGACGCUGGCACCAACGCGACUAUGGGUGUAGGAGUGGGGUACGCCAUUGCUGCGAAAUUGGCUCAUCCAGACAAACUGGUGCUGUGCAUUCAGGGCGAUUCUGCGUUUGGGUUUUCCGGCAUGGAACUAGAAACCGCGGCCCGGUGCCAUCUCGGGAUGGUGUUUAUGGUUAUGAACAACGGAGGGAUCUACCAUGGCGAUUCUGGUGCAAAUGAUCCGAGCACAGGGACCGUUUCGAACCGGGAAUUGGCCUCGACAUCGCUAACUCGCAAGUGUCGCUACGAUCUCGUGGCAGAGGGGCUAGGAUGCCGUGGGUUCCUAGUGGAAAACAUUACAGAACUGAACGAUGCAUUCCAAAAGGCGUUAAAAAUCGCCGCUACGGGACAACCGGCGCUGCUCAACGUCAUCAUCGAGCCCGGACGUCAGGGCAAGCUUGAAUUUGGUUGGCAGAACAAACCGAAACUUUGA